UUGUUGGCUUCAAAAACCAGUUGACACAUCAGCAGCAGCUACAGUCACAUUUGAGCUACUCACAGCAGCGGAGCGCGGCUGGCCAGAGACAGGAGAAAAUACCAGAAAGACCAAAGACCAAAAAUUGUGCGAGUACUCGUACAAGCAGUCAAACGGAAGCCACAGAAUCAGAAGCCGACCAGCACCAACGCUACUCACUCUGAGUCACAGUUGCAUACAGACGCAGCUACUAAUACCACAUUGACUUGCAAGCAGAAGCAGCAGCAGCAGCAUCGCGGUGGCGGUAGUGGUGUAGUGCGAUAAGCCAAAAAGGGAGAGCGCGCGCGCAUACACACAGAUACAGCAUACGGACACAUGCGCAGUAUUGCAUUUGCACGCGCGCGCUUAGGUAUUGGUAUCGAGUGGAAAAUACAUUUGAAAUUGAGUUGUUCGCGUGUCGUCAAACCUGAAAUCAGUUUGAGACGAGUCGUUGUCCAAAGAACAUUGAGAAUUGAGACGGACGGAAGCUGUGUGUCCGUUUUGCAACAAGAAUAAACGUCAACAAAGCGUUAAGCAAAUACGUAAAUUUGUAAAGUUAAUAAAGAAACAAUUUUAAGUGAAAUACAGCAGUGUUGCGGACUGCAAGUUAAAGUUAAACAAGAACAAAGUGAAUAUUCAACCAAAUAUGUCCUCCAGAUCGGCUUCGCCAUUAAGCAACGUGACGGUGGACGACGAAAUAAGCAUAAAAGAACACGAUUUCGCGCCCGAGUACCUGGUGAUCAAAGAGGAGCGCGAGAGCAGCAUUUCGCCUAUACUGACGCCGCCGCAUACGCCGACGGAGGAGCAUACGCGUGGCCGCAGCCAACAGCACGCCCACCACGCGGCGGCGAGCAGCAGCAAUACGCUGUACGAAAUGGAGCAACAACAAUUGCAGCGGGAACAAUUACACAUACAGCAGCAGCAGCAACAACAAACACACAUGGCGCUAUUGCACACAGCAACGCCAACAACACAACAAGCGCAACGCCGACCCUAUCCAGCCGCGCUAGUGGAGGCACAACACCUGCAACAGCAACAGCAAGCAGCGGCGGCGGCAGCGGCGGCGGCGCAGCAACAUCACCAACAGCAACAGCAUCGCCUGUGGCUACACAUGCAACAACAACAACAACAACAACAGCAGCAGCAGCAGCAGCAACAACAACAAGCUGCCGCCGUUUAUGCCUACGGCCAUGCCACACAAUUUCUACCCACCGCCGCAGUGACCGCCGAUGCAGUGCAACAACAUCAAGCGCUACUCAUGAACCAGUGGUUGCGCAGCGCCGCGCUCUAUCACCACAGCCACCAACAGCAUCCACACGCCGCCGCACCUCACCACCAUCACCCGCAUGCAUUGGCGCCUGGCGCUGGCGGCGCGCAUCACAUACGCCCCUAUCCUGCGCUGCAUCCACUUCAUCCCGCCGCACGCCUACACGGCCUACCAGCGGCUAUGAAGUUGGCUGGCGGCGCGCCCAUUGCUGGCAGCAGACCAAAGAAGCAAUUUAUCUGCAAAUAUUGCAAUCGUCACUUCACCAAGUCGUACAAUCUGCUCAUACACGAGCGCACACACACCGAUGAGCGGCCAUAUUCGUGCGACAUUUGCGGCAAGGCAUUUCGGCGGCAGGAUCACUUGCGCGAUCACCGCUACAUACACUCCAAGGAGAAGCCGUUCAAGUGUAGCGAUUGCGGCAAGGGUUUCUGCCAGUCGCGCACGUUGGCCGUACACAAGGUGACCCAUCUGGAGGAGGCGCCACACAAGUGCCCCAUCUGUCAGCGUAGCUUCAAUCAGCGCGCCAAUUUACGUAGUCACCUGCAUAGUCAUACCGAAGCGCAGCUGGCGGCGAUCAAGCAGAGCGGCGGCAAGUACAAUGACUCGGCUACAUCCAGCGCACCAACAACACCCAUACUCGACCUUUCCGCCUCGGGCGGCGUGCAAUCGAAUGAGGGCGCAUUGGGGGAGCGUUUUCUGACGCCUUGCGUUAACGCCGAAGUGCCAUACCUAAACAAAAGCGUCAACGCUACGUCUAAUGCAGAAAUCACGCCAACAAUAACCAUAGGUUUGAUUCUGGCGGCGAUCAAGCAGAGCGGCGGCAAGUACAAUGAGCUAUCAAUGUCAACAGCGGCGUGCACGCCAACUAAAUCACCCUGUAGCUCGGCUACAUCCAGCGCACCAACAACACCCAUACUCGACCUUUCCGCCUCGGGCGGCGUGCAAUCGAAUGAGGGCGGUGAGCGGCCGAAGCGCGCGCUUGGCUUUAGCAUUGCUGAGAUCAUGAGCAGGUAGACGGUUGUUGGCGCAAACGCUAAAAGCCGUUGGUGCAAGUUUGCAGAGCGCGUCAGCAGCGAUUUUGAAAAGAUCGCGACAAAUGCUGGACGUUCAGAGAUGUCGCACGCCGCAGCGAAAGCAGAAGGCCGUUGGUUGGCGACAAUUCAUGACCAGGAAAUAUAUUUAGCAGCGGCGGUAGAUGGCCACCGCAACUGGCAUUGGCUGCUGGUGGAGUUGCAGCGGUGGCGUCGGCGACGACAAAAGGCUGCAUGGCAGCUAUGCUACUGGAUAGCCGAUUCGCUUUAG